GCAGGGGAGCGGCGGCCCGAUGGGGCGGCCGGCCGGCAGCCUGGCCCCGCUCCGGCUGCUGCUGCUGCUGGCGCUGGGGCACGCCUGGACCUACCGGGAGGAGCCACAGGACGGCGACAGGGAGGUGUGCUCCGAGAACAAAAUCGCCACCACUCGCUACCCCUGCCUGAAGCCCACGGGCGAGCUCACCACCUGCUUCAGGAAAAAAUGCUGUAAGGGUUAUAAGUUUGUUCUUGGACAGUGCAUCCCUGAAGACUAUGAUGUCUGUGCUGAAGCUCCCUGUGAACAGCAGUGCACAGAUAACUUUGGGCGAGUCUUAUGCACUUGCUAUCCUGGGUACCGCUAUGAUCGGGAGAGGCACAGGAACAGGGAGAAGCCUUACUGCCUGGAUAUCGACGAGUGUGCCACGAGCAAUGGGACGCUGUGCUCUCAGAUCUGUGUCAACACCGUGGGCAGCUACAGGUGCGAGUGUCACGAAGGCUAUACCCGGGAGGAGGACGGCAAGACGUGCACCAAAGGAGAUAAAGCUGGGCUUCCCGAGAAAUCUGAAAAUGUGGCAAAACUGGGGACAUGCUGUGCCUCUUGUAAGGAAUUCCAUCAAAUAAAGCAGACAGUUUUACAACUGAAGCAAAAGGUUGCUUUGCUACCAAAUAAUGCUGCUGAUCUUAGCAAGCAAAUCACUGGUGAAAAAGUGCUUGCAUCUAACGCGUAUAUCCCUGGACCCCCAGGCCAGCCUGGCCAACAAGGCCCUCCAGGGGCUCCUGGACCAAAAGGGAGUCAAGGAGUUCCUGGGUCACCUGGACCUCCCGGACAGCCAGGCCCUCGUGGAUCAAUGGGACCUAUGGGGCCAUCUCCAGACAUAUCACAUAUUAAGCAGGGCAGACGGGGCCCCGUGGGCCCACCAGGAGCCCCAGGGAGAGAUGGUAGCAAGGGGGAGCGAGGCGCACCAGGACCAAAGGGGAUACCUGGCCCACCAGGUUCAUUUGAUUUCCUGUUGCUGAUGAUGGCAGACAUCAGAAAUGACAUCGCUGAGCUGCAAGAGAAAGUGUUUGGCCACAGGACUCAUUCAUCAACAGAGGAGUUUCCAUUACCUCAGGAAUUUACGAACUACCAUGACACGGUAGAUUUUGGAUCUGGAGAAGACUACAAACCAAGGACAGCACCCAGGGACUCCAGGAUACAGAAGGCAGCCCACCCUUAGCUACGCCUACUGAAAAAUAGAGCCCUUUUAGAGUUCUUCAAUAUAAAAAUGCACUGACAAUGUAAAAUAUAUAUAAUUUCCCAGUUUUCUCUCUGCUUUUCCCCAACCAUGCUGCCUGUACUGUAGCUUUCCUGGUUCACAGUACCCUCUUUGCAGUAAUUCCAUACCGUCAAGCCUGCACUGUGCAUUGUACCUGGACUAUCAAGAAAAACUUCUUAGUAUAUGAUUAAGGCAUGCUCUAGCUAAUGGCACAGACCAGAGAAUUUCAUCUACCUUGCAUUCUGUGUCCAAACAACUCAGUACCCAAAUUUUUCCAGGGAUAGGAGGGGUAGCUGAACAUCAUCCCUGAAUGAUGUCAAUAACAACUGGUCCACAGUUUAUACAUGUAAAUAUAUUGUACCACUGAAUUCAAGUCUCCAGCUACUGUCCUCACACUUAGGAGAGCAUGAAAAUUGGAUUCCUGUUUCACAGCAGAGGCCAGCUGUACGUGAAAUGUCUCCUUCUAUUAUGCCCCACCAUGGCAGAAGAAGGCAAAAAACAUAUGGUUAAGCAGUGAUACAAUGGCACUGCUUCUUGAUCUGGAAAUUAUUUGGUUUUGUGUUUCUAGAGUAUUGUUCAAAGACAGUUGAAAAGGUGCAUUUGUCCUAAACUAAAACUACUUUUCCCUUACCAUUCUCCCACUGCUCAGUGUGAAGGCUAGUUCCCUUCCUCCACAGAUUCAUGACGGAUACAUUACACAAAGAUGAGCAAGAAAAAUAGGGGAUAUAUAAAGCAGGAAAACCAAUCAUAAGUGAAUCAAGUAGGCUUACUGGCAGGCACAAAAUCAAUCCCAGUCUUGCAGAAAGAGUUGGAUUCUGACCUCCUGUAGGUGCAUGUCUUCCUUGGUGAAAUGCUCAAGUCCAAGUGAAAUCGAGACCAGAGAAAGGCCUCGUGUUUGCAAAGAGCUCCCAUCUGUUUUGUUCCUCUGCUGCAUGAGAACAACCUAAAUGGAAUUCACAGAACUGGAACAUAGAGUUGCAGUGUAUUUGGCUGGGUAUAUGAGGAGUAUGAGUAGGUGCAAGAGUGCACAUGACAAAACAUUUCAACUGGUACGAGGAUGGCUAAGGUGAGGUACUGCGCAUGGGGUCCUGUAUUUGUGAGGAGGGAUGAAAGGGCGUGCCCUUUUUUUACACUGGAAAAUUGGAUGCACAAGUUAGACCAUACCUCAUGGAUGAUCUAUGUUACCAUUUCUUUUGGAUUACCACAGCUGCUGAGGAUUUUGCAAUGCUUAGAAGAUAAAGAAGUAUAUUAAGCACAAAACUUCAAUGUUGUAUUUGUGUAGCUGCUACUUAUGUUUAGUGCUGGGUCAUGUCCAUGUUACAAAUGCAAAGAAAAACUUCUCGGUUUGCCAUGUUUAUCAGGGCUUGCAUGUUCUAAUAGAAUAAAUAUAGGUAAAAAUAUAAGCAGGCCCUUUUCAUAUAACCCAUAAAGGUUUGGGUUCCCUUUCAUAUUCACUGGUUCAAAAGAUAGUUGGUGUAAUCCCUACACCACCAGUACACAUCAUGUACAAACCACUGGCUGUCUAGAUCUUUCAUAUCUUUUGUGUACUAUCUUAAGAGGUUGUGUUCAUUCCUGUAAUUGCUUCGCAAUUCCUCGCUAUCACUAUGCCACAAGCAAGGGCAUUAGCUUUAAGAAUAUUAAUGUUCUGUAUUCCCCUUCAUGUUAUAUGUAUAUCAAUAUUUACAAAGCAAUGACUAAGUCAUGGGGAUAGCUUGGAAAAAAUGAUAGCGCUCUUACCCUGUGGUCUUUGGGCUUCUCCUCUGGAAGGAGUUCUGCCAUCAGCUGCAGAUCCAAGUAGUCUUGUGAACCAGGUAAUAAGGAAAUUAGUGAGACUUGGGGAAGGAACUUGUAGCCACAAAAGGGAUGGUCUUAUAUGCAGCAGCCUGAAAGCAACCUCUAAGACAGCACGAACUGAGGCAUUUAUGUUUCAUUCUCUUAAUUUCAACCAGACAACUACGUAUAAAUAACAUCAUUCAUGAAUAUGCAAUUUUAAGCAAUUUGUUACAUUUUAAAUGUUAUAUUUGUAACUCUUGCAAAUUAUGUAACUCUUGCAUAUGUUUACUACCACACCUCAUCACCUGCUGGAUCAGGUUAAUUCCCACUAUAGAAUUAGUAGCUGCAGGGGGUUUUGACCAUCAGAUACUGAAUAGAGUUAGAUGACUCACUUCCUACAUACCAACUAAAUCCUACUGCCCUCUGCCCACAAGAAGAUGCGUUCUAAAAAAAGCACUUACUCUAGUUCCAAGCUCUGCCUUUCCAAAUAUAAAUACUGAACGAGAAGUUCCACAGUCUGACCAUCAAAUUCAGGGGUAAGUGAUAAUUGCCCUGCUGCGCAUCAGUAACCAGAGAAGGGAAAUUCUGAGACUGGAGCAGAUAAAUAGAUAAAAUCCAUGCUUCACUGUUAGUACAGAAAGCUGUCCUACAGAUCAACAAACAUAAAAUAUGGCAUGUGUUUACAUGCCUUUCUGAAUGGAAACCUCAGUAACUUCCCUUUCUGGAAUCUACAUCAUUGCUUUUCACAGCUUAAGCUGGGUUUCCAACAGAUGUGCUUCCACCAUAAAAAAAAGGUGAAGGAAAGUGCUCCUUGGUCCAAUAUAAAGUAAGAAUGUAAUCCAAAAUAAGAAUCCAAAAUAAGAAUGUAGAAACAUCUACACUCAUGCCUAGUUUCAUUACUAGGUUCAUGCACAUGACAACUUUGUUUCAUAGAAAUACUAUGUUUAAUUUUAUUAGAAAUAAAUAUUAUUUUGAUGUUAAGACAUCAAGUUAUAAGCAGAAUGGUAAUAAAGAGUUUGUUAUUUUAUUAAUAUUAGAAAUGUAUUUAACGGAAACAUUUGCAAGAGUGUGUAGUGAUGGGAAAAUGCUGAUUGUUAAUGGGUUUAACAAAAUUGUAAAGCUUGGAAAAUGUUUUCUUCCAAUACUGUGCCAAGUACAUACAGGAUUAGUCUUUCUUGCAAAACUGUAAUACUGACACAGAAGAAUUCCUAUAUAGUCAGGCUAAAUUAGGUAAAUGAGAGGAAAAUUGACUGUAAAUUGAAUUAAGGUAAUGCCUGGAGUUAUUGUUGGCAUCACAGCUUGAAUAGCCUUCUUCCUAGAAGUAUUUCAGAGGUAAUAUGCUAAGCCUCAGAGAAGCAACAAAAGAUGGGGGUGGGGUCCAAGCAUUUGUUAAUUUCACAUUAAAAUCCGUAUGUUUGUACGUAUUACACAUUCCAAUAGCUAUACUGUUCACUUUAUUUAUAUAUGAAAUACUAAAAUGUGUAUAAAAUUGUGAUUUUAUAAUGUAUUCAUAAUAACAAAGAUAUUUUUUCUUACUUAUGCUGUUGGUAACUGCUUUUGUUACACAUCAUUUCUCUGAAAUACAGAAAUGUUGGCUGGAAGUAGCAAGCAGCAA